UGUUUGCAAGACAAGUCGAAACAUAGUUCAUGACAUAUCAUUUGAUAUCUAAACUCCAACAUUUUAAAGGGCUGAGUUUUCCAACAAUUUCAUCAGUUGGUCCAAAUGCAGCAAUUAUUCAUUAUUCACCGAAUGCAAAAUCAUGUUCAGAACCUGAUGCUGAUAGCAUAUAUCUAUCUGACUCAGGAGCGCAGCCCGGUGUUACUUGGAAACAUGCUAAGGAGGGAACAGAGAGCUCUGCGUUCUGGUUUGCACUUGGAGGGAAGCAAAGUUACACGAGCAAAAAGAGUGCUCAAGAGACUGUUAAAGAUCCCCAUUUGUUACCAAGGUUUACAACUUCUCUCAAGAUGAUCUAUUGACUGAAGAUAUGUUGAUACUACCUCAAAUUUGUUUUAGAAUUGACCUACCUCAAAUUGUAACAUACGCAUUCAUAUGACACAACUUUUUGUGAAUGUCUGACUUCUUUAAAUUGCGAAUUGGCCACAAUUUUAUUUUAGCAUUCACAAAGUUACAGAAUCUUUUUCAUCUUAACUUCUUCAGGUAUCAGGUCCACUCGACAACAAGGCUGGGGAGAAUCUUGUAGGAAAUGCUAUAUUUCGCUGUCAGAGGUGGGGACAGAUUACUUUCUUCAGUUGCUAUUCUAGUGCAAAAUAUUAGGCUGUGUUUGUAUGCAUUGUUGAAUUGAAUUGCAAAUAUUAGGCCGUGUUUGUAUGCAAAAUAUUAUGUCCUUCUCUCCUUCCAUUUAAUCCAACUGAUAAGUGAAUAGCUCCAACUUAUAUUGACAGUGAAGCAAAAAUGCAUCGUGUUAGCAAAGGUGCACCAGAGCAGGUAAUGUUGCCAUUACCUUUGUGGUUUUCUUGUUACUAACAACUCUAAUUGUCAGUGGCUAGUCAGUUGCUUAUCCUCCUUGGGCAAUGGUUUUGCAUAUUCUGAAACUUGCACGCAAUAAGUCAGCCAUAGUGCAGAGAGUUAACGCUGCAAUUAGCAAGUUUGCAGAUAGAGGACUUUGAUCACUUACUAUAGCAUUCUAGGAGGCUCCAAAGGGAAGCAAAUAUAGUCCGAGAGGUCCAUGUAAAUUCAUUGAUCUCAUGCCUCUCUUUGAUCUUCCCUGGCAUGAGAGUACAGAAACAAUCAGGCACACUCGGCAUAAAUCUUGAAAUAAUCACAG